AUGUGUCCUUCAUCGUCCGAUGUUGCGGGACCUCAGCUAGCUUUGCACACUGAAGAGAAUUCUGCGAUAUCAGCAGCACCAGAAGAUAUGGAACACGAGCCAGAGCGCCACGACGAAGCUCAACUACAACCAUUACAAAAUGAACCUCUGCUGCAAGGUCCGUUGCCCCACCAGCCAAUUCAAGAUCGCGUUGAAGAAAUCAUGUGUCCUUCAUCGUCCGAUGUUGCGGAGCCUGCUGAAGAGGCUUCGGUAUCAGCAGAAUCAGAAGAUAUGGAGCACGAGCCAGAGCGCCACGAUAUUUCAAGUCCCGACGGAUCGUCCAAUCAGAACAAUAAAACAGCGUCUAAGGAGCAAGCAGAUGACGUGCCUCCCUCCGUUACAGACGAAAAUAAAUGUCUGUUCCCGAGGAAGCUCAAUAUUUUCCGUGAGAAGCUUGAAGAGAAUCGAGAUCCAAGAAUGGACGCUAAAAUUCCACGGCCCCUAAAAAGCCGUAUAGAUGAUCUGAAGCAAAUAGUAAGAAAACAUAGCUUUGAUUCGGAAAAAGAGAUUGAAGAGAUUGAAAAAUCAAAACAAACAAGGAUUUAUCAAAUUGAGCGAGAUUACAAAAUGGCAAUAAGCAGAGUAAAGGCGAAUGGUAUUUUGGAGAGACAACGAGAAUUCGAAAAAAACUUGGGUGUUGCUGAGGCAGCGUUGGAAAAGAAGAAAAAAGAAAUUGAAGUAAGAAGAAAGGACGGCGACAAAGCGAAAGAAGAUCUCGCACAUUUAAUGGGAGUUAAAGAAGGUAUCGAUGGUGAAAUGAAGAAAUUAGACGAGAAGCUGAGCGGUAUCAGAAAGGAGAUGGCAGAAAAGGAGGAGACCAUCAAGCAAAUCAAUCUGCUGAGUUCGUCGCGUGAAGAACAGGACGUAAAUUUAAACAAGACCGGAGUACUAGAUUGCGAAAAAAGCUACAAAGAAAAAAUUGAAGAACCUGGGCGCGAGAGAACAACAAAUAUGGAUCGGCUCAACAUAGAGUUUGACAAAAUAAUCAAGUACAUACGGCAUCAACAACAAAAGGAUCUGGAGAGGGUUCAACUAAAGCUCAAGGACCUGGAAAACGAACUCGCCUCUAGCUCUAAAAAGAGCUCAUCGUCGUCUGAAAGCGAAUCGGACAGCAACGUCGAUAUCUUCGCCGAAAAUGAUGAGCCUAAAAAUAAGAGCUCAUCGUCGUCUGAAAGCGAAUCGGACAGCAACGUCGAUAUCUUCGCCGAAAAUGAUGAGCCUAAAAAUAAGAGACCGAAGGUUACGGGAAAACUGUCAAUGCACACGGCGAGAGGAAAUGAACCCCAAGAAAAAAAAAACAAAAAAGAGAUACCUGACGUCUGA